AUAUGUGGUUUAUGAAACCAAUUUUCAGGUUUACAUACCAGCAUUAUGAGACCAAUCGGUUUAUGAGGCCAUUUUUAGUGGUCUCUUAAUUCUGGAAAUUUAAAUUGUCAUAAUUAUUAACAAAUAAUUAAUAAAAUUGUUAUUAAUGUGUUUAUGAUUACUAAAUGCAGUAGUUUAUCGAUUAGUGUUACUAUUUUACUUCUAUUACACUACCUACCCUUUUUAGUAGCUUUAUAAAUAUGGUCUUUUAAACCAUGAUGUGUCUGCGUAAACUUAAAACAGUGCCCCUGUAGGAGGGAUUUGGUAUUGCAAAGUUAUACACCUGGCGCCAAAUUACACACACAUUCGCGCCAUAAGCGUUUGGCGGAAGUUACCAGCUACGCAGUUCGCGCGUUGGCUGCCCAAAUGAAGAGUCGCCGCACCGGAGUGAACAUCGGAGUCUUCGAAGAGAAUGAGUCGAAUGAUGAGACGUGGCAGAGGAUUAAAUCCUCUCAAAGAUGCCAUACACCAUGUGAAAAUGGGGAAAGACAAAAACAUAAUAUCAGAGCGAUACAUUAAUCCCGCCAAAGGUCGGGGAGUAUUUGCAAAUACCCUUAUUGUAAAAGGUUCCUUCAUUCUUGAAUACAGAGGAACUUUAAUUGAGAAAGGGGAUUUUGAAGACAUAUUAAAUGAAUAUGCAUACUUUUUUAACCACCUAGGGCAUAACUACUGCAUUGAUGCCUCUUAUGAUAAUGGCUCACUCGGUCGACUUGUUAACGAUGAUGAGAAGCCAAAUGCAAAAAUGAGGAAAAUUCUAGAUGUUGAUGGAAAGCCACAUCUAUGUUUGUUUGCAAUCAAGGACAUCGAUGCAGGUGAAGAAAUAUUAUACGAUUAUGGAGGACAUAACUUGCCAUGGCGUUCUCGCCAUGGACAGGAACAUUACAAGCACCUUCAUGAGCCCGUUGCUCCAACCAUGACAGCAUGUGACAUCAGGUCUCCUACAGAGCACCUUCAUGAGCCUGUCGGUCCAGCCAUGACUGCAUGUGACAUCAGGUCUCCUACAGAGCACCUUCAUGAGCCUGUCGCUCCAGCCAUGAGGGCAUGUGACAUCACAUCUCCUACAAAGCACCUUCAUGAGCCUGUCGGUCCAGCCAUGACGGCAUGUGACAUCAUGUCUCCUACAGAGCACCUUAAUGAGCCUGUCGCUCCAGCCAUGAGGGCAUGUGACAUCACAUCUCCUACAAAGCACCUUCAUGAGCCUGUCGCUCCAGCCAUGAGGGCAUGUGACAUCACAUCUCCUACAAAGCACCUUCAUGAGCCUGUCGGUCCAGCCAUGACGGCAUGUGACAUCAGGUCUCCUACAGAGGACAUAACCGUUGGAUCCCAGCAGGAAUCCACAAGACCAGGCAGCGGUGAUGAUGAAAGAGGAAGAAAGAGAAAGAGAAAAGAGAAGAACGUUGGAGUGAGAAGGAGAGAGACAGCCAGAGUUUGCAAAGCACAUCAACUUGUCAAAGAGGAGAUGAUUUCGCUUGAAAAAUGUUCUGUUUGCUCUGGACCGGUUUCCCCACUGAAGUGGUGGGGGCUGAAAUGUAAAGACUAACACAGCCACCGACACCUUAUGCUCCACUCCAAAUUCUUAACAUCAGUCUCCACACAACAUCGAGACUGACAGAAAGGGAACCGUGUCUGAUCUUGUCUACGAAUACAUACUCUAAACCAGGUAUACUCACCUAGUGACUUACUACAUUUCGUUACACUGUACUUGUAUAUGUGUAAUGACAAUAAAGUUGAAUCUAAUCUAAUCUAAAUCUACCUGAAUUAUCUCUCGUUGAAAGUCUUCAGUUUGCUUGUCUUCCUACUUCCUCUGAAUGUGUUUGUCUAUGCCAGUUACCCUCUUCACUCCUGGAUUCACCAGCCCUGCGUUCACAAUCUAGUCAUAUCAAGUUGAGUCUUAUACAUCAUAUAACCAUUUACAAAGUAUUACUUCCAUCUAUCGUCAUGAUCCACACCUAAAAGGAUCCACACCAACUCAACCUUUUUGUGUCAAAUUGUACUUCAAGUCGAUAGAAGUGCCCAUCUUAAAACCUAUUUCUAUACUAAAUCUUAAAGCCUAUUUCAUCUAUCCUGCUUGGGCCACCCAGGUACCUUGUACGAUAGACCUCAAGGAGGGUUUGCCGGUGUCCCAUGGAUAAAUUUAUGCUCUCUCCAUCCCUAUUAAGAAAACCUCGGAGGAGUGAUUUGCCGAAGGCCUCAGGGAUUCAUCUGUCCCUCUCUGUCACAUGCUGCCUCAACCUGCUUCUUCUUCGUGGCCAAGAAGGAUAGGGUUUAAGACCCUGUAUAGAUUAUUGAGCAGUCAACAAGAUAACAGCAACGUUUUGCUAUCCUCUUCCCCUCAUCCUGGCAGGAGUCGAACAGUUGAGAGGUGUGUGCAUCUUUACCAAGUUUGACUUCUGCAGCACCUACAAUCUGGUGUGGAUAAGAAAAGGUGACGAGUGGAAAUUAGCUUUUUUGACCCUUACCGGUCAUGAUGCAUACAUUAUAAUGCCUUAUGGACUGGUUUAUGCAACUGUGCUUAAUGCAAGCGGUAGAGGCUUUUUGCACUCAACUGUACUUGUGUUUAUAGAUGAUUUAUUCUUUGAACCCUGACGAUCACCAGCACCAUGUUGCAGAGGUCCUUGAACGUCUUUGAUAGCACCACCUCUACCUCAAGGCAGAAAAAUCCUCAAAACUCUGUUAAAACAUCUCCAAAAUGACAUUUCCAUGGACAAGGUGGGAAGGUGGCAGCUGUACCCAACUGGCAAACAUCCACUCCAUUCAUAGAUCUUCUACGCUUCAUGGGCUUCGUCAACUUUUAUCGCCACUUCAUCAAGAUCUACAGCUCCGUCAUCAUACCCCUCACAUAACUCCUCCCAAACAAACCUAGGUUUCAUCACCAUAUAUUGAUUAUGGGAGGUAUUCCGAAUGAAAAUGACCGUGAACAUAGACCAUGGGCUUUAUGAACAUGUGGGAUUUAUCAAUAAAGGCUACGCGUCUAUAAGAACUGUGAACGCACGUUUGAUAAAUACUUUUUUUUUUGGUUCUUAGACACAAAGAACAUAUAGAACAUUUUCUACACACUGUUGAUAACGAGGCCCCAGGUCUCCCUUGGCCAUUGAUACCUUCAAACAUCUGAAGAAAAAGUUCUCCUCAGGCACCCUGAUCAAUUUCAGACCAUCAUCGUCGAGGUAGACGCCUCCUCUUCGUGGGUAGGAGGGGUGAUAUCGUAGCGGCAGUAAGAUCAACCAGUACUCCAUCCAUGUGCCUUCUGCUCUCAUAAAUUCACCCCGGUGGAAAGGAAACUAAACUGUUUGCCAUGAAGCUAUCAUUGAAAGAAUGGAUGCAUUUGCCGGAGGGUGCUCAACAUUCGUUUAUCAUCUACACAGAACACAAUAGCUUGUGAUACCUCAAAGAAGCCAAGCUGGCUGGGUCAUGGUUUCCAUGUCAUGCCACCUAGUCCGUCUCAAAGGCCUUCCCACAGCAACGGAAUCAUCUCCUACUCCCUCUAUACCAGUGCUCUGGUAUCCCGAGGACAUCGUCUCAGAUCGUGGACUCCUGUUCAUUUCCCGGGUAUGGUGUGUACUCUAAAGUGGAGAAUUUGGUCGACUGGGAGGGCUACAGACUAGUGAAACGCUCUUGGGCCCUGAGUGAUAACAUACAGGAUCCCGCUCUUCUCAACACCUUCUACUACAAGCAUCCCAGUCAACCCGCACAAUUUGACAACGACAGACCACUGCGACGGCACUGCCCCUAGGAACAGGCUGUGGGCGUGGCACUGUGACGGAGACAUCAGUCUCUCUUAUCACACCUCCUCCAGCUAACACUCAUUAGUUUUAAUCAUCUGUCACUCAUCUUCUCACCCAUCAGCACCCGUAUAAAGUCACCAAACACUCUGUCAGCAUCUGAUCUCAUCUAAGAUUAUAGACUCUAAACUUGCUAUACUCACCUAGUGAGAUACCUGGUUUUAACAUAACUUAAGACGUGUUAUCAUUGUAGUUCAUUGUAAUCAUUCUUACCUUUAAAUAAAACAGCUGCCUUUAUAAAAUAAAACCUGAAAUAAUAAACCACGAUGACGUAUGUGAUGGACAAUUCCACUACCGGAAGACGCAUUCGAAUCCUGGCAAGGACGCGUCCGAAGUAAUGGCUCAGGUGGUCAACCUAUAUAUAUAUCUAGGAGUGUAGUUGCAAUUUAACUUAAAAUUACUGUCCUACCCUAUAGUUUAUGAAUAAAAGUGCAUAAUAUGCAAGCAAUACAUUGUAAAAUAAUUAUUUCCAUAUCUAUGU